AUGUCAUUUACGCGCUCUCUGCAGCUAAAUUCCUUGACUCGACUCACCCAGCGCCGACCGUAUUCCUCAGUAUUCCCUGGUUUCCCGCCCAACUUCUUCGCAGAACACAGCAUGAGCUCCACCUCCUCCCCAUCACAAACGCCAUUCCCAGCAACGCCAUACAAACCCCGCUAUGACAAAUGGCCGUACAAUUCUUAUGAUUUCCAACGCCAGGAUGAGAAUGACGAUGGCAUUUUCUACCGCCAACCGCGGCUGGUUACGCAUAUCGACGACCCUGCCAUUGAACGACUAACUGCAUACUACGACACCGUUCUGCCCUCGAAAGGCAAGAUCUUGGACCUUUGCACGAGCUGGAAGAGUUUCUAUCCGUCCUCGACCAAGAGCGCGGUGCAAAAGAGCGACGUUGAAGUCUUCGGUGUGGGAUUGAAUGCGGAAGAGAUGGCUCUCAACGGACUGUUCCAGGGGAAGGAAAGGUGGCGAGUCAUGGAUUUAAACAAAGCACCGCACGAUGUGUGUGCGGGAUGGCCCGAGAAGGGUUUAAAUUUCGAUGCAGUGACUUGUGUCGUGAGCAUCGAUUAUCUGAUUAAGCCGCUGGAGGUUUGCACGAGGCUGUUAGAGGCGACUAAGGAAGGCGGGAGGAUACACUUAGCGAUCAGCAAUCGUUGUUUCCCGAACAAGGUGGUGGGGAGGUGGAUGAUGUUGAAUGAGCAGUCGAGGUUGGAGUUUGUUGGAGAUUACCUGCACUUUGCCGGGUGGAAGGAGGUUGAGUUUGUAGACCUAUGCGCUCGGGACGAGAAGGGCCAGAGAAUUACGGAUGAUCAUGGCACGAUUAUUGCUGCGUCUGCAGCUGGGCGGCUGAUGGGGCAUCUCGAUCCUUUGUGGGUUGUACGCGCAACUAAGGGCUCGUCCAAGUAA